AUGAGCAUCCAAGCAGAUGGAACACUCAAGUACCACGGGAUGAAGAAAAUUAAGUGGUGGAGAUUGAAGGAGUUUGUUACGAAGGUAAAAGAAAGAAAAAGUGGCAAGGAGACUACCUGGGAGAUACUGAGUGAGAACAUGAGAAGUAUGGCUAAAGUAGUGCUCGGAGAAACAUCAGGAAAGGCACCAAAGGCGGGUAAAGACACAUGGUGGUGGAAUGAGGAAGUGCAACAGGCAAUAGCAGAAAAGGGAAACAGUAAAAGGACGAGGGAUCAAUCGCAGUCCGAUGAGGCAGCACAGCAAUUCAAGGCAUGUGGCGAAAGCAAAAGUGAGGCAUAUAAAGAUCUAUAUAAGAAGUUGGACAGUACAGAGGGGCAGUACAUGGCAAUAAGAAUGGCCAAGACUCGGGACAGAAAUUCAUCUGACGUCAGACAGGUAAAACUUAUCAAAGAUGGAAAUGGAAGUACUAUCAUUGAGGAUAGUAAGAUACAGGCUAGGCGGAAGAAAUAUUUUCAGAAGCUUCUAAAUGAGGAAAAUCCACGGGAGGAAAGAUGCACAACACGAACAGCUCAUCCCGGGAAAGUCUCGGAAGUCAGCAAGGAGGAAGUAAAAAGAGCGAUAAAAAGGAUGAAGACAGGGAAGGCUGUAGGUCCUGAUAGGAUACCUAUGGAAGCCUGGAAGUCUUUUGGAGAAAAAGGCAUAGAGUGGUUGACAAAGAUUCUCAAUACAGUGGUGGAGAGUGGAAGAAGGCCUGACGAUUGGAGAGAUGUUGUCAGGUGCCUAUCUAUAAGAACAAGUGAGAUGUACAGGACUGCGAGAAUUACAGAGGAAUAA